UUUGGUCAGAAUUUUUUCCGUCGGAAUUUUGUCAGAAAUAUGUCCGUCGGAUUUCGUCGGAAAUUCGUCAGAAAUUUCGACGAAAUUCUGACGAAAUUUUUAUUUCCGACGAGUGAUAACCGACAACUGUUUUUGUCAGAAAUUUGUCGGAAAUAGCUUAUUCCGACGGAUUUCUGACGGAUUUCCGACGAAAUCGUCCGUAGGAAACUAGCUGUUUUUUUGUAGUGAGUGGCCCACCUUUUGAUUUUCUUAUUGUCUUUUCUUUUUUGUCUUUGCAGUUAAAAAACAAAAAUGGGAAACCAGUACUGUCUAUAUAUAAACAGAAUUUACUCGAUCGAAAACAGCCACUCUCCAUCUUCAAUAAAUAAUAUAUGUAUAUUUUAAAAAUAUAGAAAUCAAUUAUGGCGAAUCUCUCUUCUGAUUUUCAGACAUUCGCAAUGGAUGAUCCCAUAACUCAACUUGCAGAACUCAACAACACGCUUAACCACUUUCAGACAAUGUUCGCUUCACCUUUCUCUUCUUCUCUCGACUCUCUUUUCUUUCAUUACCAACAACACCAACAAUUUCCGGAACAUUUCCCCGGAAAAUCUCCCGAAAACAAUGGUUUUCAUCAAGGGAUUUUACUCCCUAAUUAUAAUACUCACAACAACGACGAUUCUUCUUCAGGAAUGGAUACCAAGAAGAGAAAAACAUUAAUGGAGUCCGUAUCUACGUCGGAGAACAGUGUCUCUGAUCAAACUUUAUCUACCUCUUCUGCUCAAGUUUCGACUAAUGGAACUAAAAAUAGUUCUUUAAGAAGAGGGAAAAGGUCGAAGAACAGAGAAGAAGAGAAAGAGAGAGUAGUUGUUCAUGUUAGCGCCAAAAGGGGUCAAGCCACUGAUAGCCACAGCUUAGCAGAGCGGGUAAAAAUUGAUUAUCUAAUCAAGUAUAUUUAUGAAUUCAAUAUGUUGUUAAUGUUAAAUUGUAUGAUUAAUGAAAAAUAUGAAUACAAAGAUUUUCAUAUUGAAUUUCAGGUUAGACGAGGGAAAAUCAACGAGAGAUUGAAAUGCCUGAAAGAUAUAGUGCCCGGAUGUUAUAAGGCAAUGGGAAUGGCUACGAUGCUGGACGAGAUAAUUAAUUAUGUCCAGUCGUUACAAAAUCAAAUUGAGUUUUUAUCUAUGAAGCUUACGGCAGCAAGUUCGUAUUAUGACUUUAACUCGGAGGCUGAUGCUGUUGAUUCCAUGCAGAAGGCAAAGGCACGUGAGGCAGUGGAAAUGGGGCAAGGGAGGGAUGGGAGCAGUGUCUUCCAUUCAUCAUCAUGGACCCUUUGACUUUUGUUUUUUCCUCUCUUUCUAAUAUGCUCCUAUUUAAAUAAAAAUACUUAAAAGAUUGAUUUCAAUAAUUUGGAUACCAAAGGAUGAUAUACUGUGUAAUGUCGACAUUACAAAUUUAUUAAUGCCUAGAGAUUGCAAUUCAAAUAAUGAUAUGUGUAUACUAUUAGUUUUCAAAUAAUGAUAUGUGUAUACUGUUAGUUUUU